ACUAGAGCUUUAGCGCCUCCACACCACAAACACACAUCAGGAUCCACAGAUCGAACAGAGUCCAACAACUCAGACAUGGAGGAAGCGGAGGCGGAGGAGGAGAACAAGAGUACCAAGGCUGCGGGAAUGGGAUGCAAGAAGAAUGUGACGAGGCUCCAGAGGUCAUUCCUCCACCUGUCCAGAGCGCUCGGGAAGCUCCACGGCCGCCGGGGCCACGGGAACGCGAACGGCGAGGCGUCGCUGUCCUCGUCGUCCUCCGCUGCCACUUCGUCGUUCCUCUCCGGGUGCAUGCAUCCCCGGACGCACUCCUUCGCCUUGGGCCGCCGCCACCGCCACAAGCGCGACGGCGGCGGGUCGGGGUCGGGGGACGCUCUCGCCGUCAACUUCAGGUCGCUCCAGGUCGACGACGAGGGCGGCUCGUCGUCAGCGCAGCACUGUUAUCACGGCGACCGCGGGAGCGAGGCGGACGAGCCCAAGGCGGUGGUCCGUGGCGCCGGCGUCGCGGUGGCCACGCUCUCCGCGGCGCCGUACGAAGACUUCCGGCGGUCCAUGCGGGAGAUGGUGGAAGCCGCCGCGGGGACGGGGAGCGGCGGCGCCGCCGCGGCGGCCGUGGACUGGGACUUCAUGGAGGAGCUUCUGUUCUGCUACCUCCGCCUCAACGACCGCGCCGUGCACAAGGACAUCCUCCGCGCGUUCACCGACACGGUCGCCGCGAUCCGGCGCCGGCGCAGGGCGGCGAAGAGCAGCCGCACGCGUCGUAGGCGGCGCAGGCAGCCGAGGCCCGGAGGAGACGGCCCCGGCCGUGGCGACGACUGUGACGGCGCGGAGGCGGUGACCUCGUCGUGACUGGUGCCAAAUGUGUACGUGUGCAUACACCGGCGAAGCGCCAGCGGCCGCGCGCCUCGCUGUCCGGCCGGUCAGUCGGUGAUAGCACGAGUUAAUGUUUUGUUCAUACGCUUUACGGCUUUAGCUAAAGUAACGUAACGUGCA